CAUUGUUGUUGUCCCUAUUGCAAAGCAAGGGAGCAGAAACCUUGUCUCUUCCACGGAGAGGAGAGAAUUUCAGAGAGACAGAGAGAGUUAAAGUUGAGCUCUUCUGGUGACAUCCAAGGAGCUAAAAAAUGGCCAAGCGUGAGAUUUCCAGCACUCUGAGGAACUUGAAGUUCAUGCAAAGGGCAGCUCAGAGAGAAGAAAAUACCAAGAAAGAAGAAGAGGUCAAACUUGUUGGGAAUUUCAGUUCCCCUAGUAUCGUGAAUAGAAAGUGUUUGGUGAUAAUGGAAGGUGAUCCCCAUCCUGGAGCAAUUAAUGGCCGCAUGUCAUUUCAAAGCUUUAAUCCUUCUAUUGAUAAACUGAAUGAAGCAGCAUCUAACCCUGUGUCUGCCACUUCUUCUGGAAGUCAAAGUGGAGGAAUAUCUUUGAGAGAAAAUGGAUCAUUAAUGGAUGAAGCUGGGUGCUCGAACACUGAUAAAUUGAGUUUUGAUGCUAAUGGGGCCUUAAAAGAAAAAAAAGUAUGAAGUGGUAUCUGAAACUGUGAAACAUAAUACCCAAAUAUAUCACCAAAAAAUGUUCUAAGGUAAUCAACAAUCAUAAUCAAGUAAAUGAGUAAUGGUAAAGGAUCUUUCAAGAAUCCAAGAGGUGAAAAGCUGGAAUGGAGUGUUCUUAGACCGCCAAGUCAAAAAAAUAGAUGAUGAAUAUAUUAGUUAUUCAAGUUCACAAUUGUUUGAGUUUCUUUUUUAUUUGCUUCCCAAAAUUUGAAUCUAUAUGUCUUUUAUUAAUGAUAUUUUUCUUAACUAGUCAUUAGUUCUAGAAGGUGGAAUUUAGCUCUUGCUCCUUUCAAGCCUUUCAGAAUUUAGUGCGUAAGGCUUUAGGGCAAUAUAAUAUCUCCACCAAUGACUGCAGUUGAAUAUUCAGAUAUAGAUAAACUAUUAAACUUUACUAGUUUUUUCCGUUACAAAUGUAGUAUUGAAUAGCACAUUAACCACUUCCAACAUAUUUGAUGGGCAUUCUAUCUGGUUUUGCGUUA